AUGAGUAACUACAGUGUUGUCAGGGAGUUUGUGCUCCUGGGAUUUUCUCAUCUCCGUGAGUUCCAGGUUCUCUUGUUUGUUCUCAUCCUGUUGGUAUAUGAGCUGGGCAAUCUGGCCAUCAUCACCCUCACCUGCCUCCUCUCACCCAUGUACUUCUUCAUCUGCAACUUCUCCCUCAUGGAGAUACUGGUCACUUCCACUGUGGUGCCAAGGAUGCUGGCAGACCUGCUGUCCACUCACAAGACCAUGUCCCUGGCUGAAUGCCUGACUCAGUCUUUCUUUUACUUCUCCCUGGGCUCACCCAACUUCUUGAUCCUCACAGUCAUGGCCUUUGAUCAUUACGUGGCCAUCUGCCACCCUCUGCACUACUCAACCAUCAUGAGUGGUUCAGUGUGUGUGAAGCUAGUGUUGGCUUGCUGGGUGGUCGGGUUCCUCUCCAUUAUCUUCCCCACACUACAGAAAACCGUCUGGUUCUGUGGCCCUAACGCCAUUGACCACUACUUCUGUGACUCUGCCCCACUCCUCAAGCUUUCCUGCUCUGAUACCAUCCACACUGAGCACAUGGAUUUCUUCCUGUCCUCACUCUUUGUGCUGACCACCAUGCUACCCUUUGUCAUCUUCUACAUCCUCAUUGUGGCUGUAGUGCAGCACAUCCCCUCCUCCUUGAGGUGCCAGAAGGCCUUCUCCACCUGUGCCUCCCACCUCAAAGUGGUGGUUCUGGACUAUGGCAGUGCCAGCUUCAUAUAUGUGAGGCCAGGCAAGGGCCACUCCCCACACCUCAACAAGGUGUUGGCCUUGAUGAUUGCAGUGGUAACCUCUUUCCUCAACUCCUUCAUCUUUACCUUCUGGAAUGAGAAGGUCAAGGUGGUCAUUGAGAAUGUAACUAAAAGGAUCCUCUUGAGACCCAGCAGUCCAUAG